AUGCACGCUUACUACUCGCUUGAUUUAAUGACCAAUCAGCUUCUGCAAAUAGUGCCCAAUCGGGGCCGGGAGAGGACGGCCGUGGGUCCUGGCACUGAGGUGGACUCUGCCCCUGAGGACACUGAUCAGAAGACCAGUGUCCGAAAUUCUAGUCCUCCCUCCGACGUACUCGCUCGUAGCUAUAGUAUCCUCAGUACCGAACACUUUUUCCCCGCCGCUUUCUGUGAUCUUGACGCUCCAUUAGUGAAGCUUCAUCUUAGUCAGUCUUUUCGCUUGUCCUAUCGUCGUUACCUUCUUGCCGUGUCGCCCUCUAAUCUAGACGACCCCAGCGUGCAGGCCUCCUGGUGGCUGGAACUACGCACCGAGGCGUUAACGCAUAUGCGGCAUGUCAACUGCAAUGCGCUCGUGGGCUAUCGUGAGGACUGCGCCAUCUUUGAGGACGUAUGUGUGCUCUCCUGCUAUGCGACGGCCGUCCACCUCAAUCCUUACUGGGUCCACCGCCCAUCCGAAGCUGAC